AUGUCCAUUGCCCAGCUGUACAAUAUCAAGCGCGCGGUCCGCGAGGACCGCAGCGUGGCGUACAAACCCGAAAAGCUCACGGAGCAGGGCACAGCACGACUGUGUGGCAUAUGUUAUACCCAGCCGUCCAAGUACCAAUGCGCCACGUGCAAUGUCCCGUACUGCUCGUUGCCGUGCUACCGAGUGCCCCAGCAUGCGGACUGUGCCCAGGCAUUUGCGGAAAAGACGGCGCGUGAGCAGCUUGGUGGUGAUGAUGUGUCGGUAGACCAGGAGGAGCGGCAGCGCACGCUCGCGCUCUUGUGGCGGCAUGAGCAAGCAGACGAAGCGCCGGCGGAUACCGACGAACAAAGCAGCCGUGCGUCGAGCGAGCUGGAUGCAUACAGCACCGAGGAACUCAUGCACACACUCUCGCCAUCAGAACAGCGCCAAUUUGAGCAGAUUGUCCAGCAUCCCGAGCGUGCGGCGCGCAUGUACUUUGACCAAGCGGCGGAGCACCGGCCGUGGUGGCGCCAAAGUGGCGCUGCGCAUCCCUGGACGCCAGGCACUGAGCAUGCGUACCGCGCCUUUAUAGCAAAGCGUUUCAUGAUACCGCCGUCGUCGGUGGAUCUACAGUUCAAUGCGCUUGCAUUGAUGCUGGCAUAUACAUAUGCCCUGUACCACAUGGGUAUCGAGAGCAAUGCACACGCCGCUGCGUCUAUGGACACCGACGACAUUCUGCGCCUGUACCGCGACCUCGCUCCUUUUCUCUUUGCCGCUGCACACGAUCCUGUCGCGAAGCUCGUGCUCAGGGACGCAGAAGACGCCUCGCUCUAUUUCUUGCAGCUGCUCGGGCCGCGCCGCAUGGGCCACACGCCAGGCAAGAUGCUCUUGCAGCUCCUGCAGGACAUUGAUGCGCUGGUUGCGCCGCGCGUCGUGCGUGCGGCUGACGAAGAAAGUGCGUACACCCCCGCGCUGUACGCAUUCGCCGAUAUCCACACUGUGCUGCACGGCACGCUGCCCAAAAAAAAGCUCUUUUUUUACGCACACACGUUCGAUUCCAUGCCGAGCGCUGCACGUACCCUUUUCCACGCGCAGCUCCGCGCCGAGAUCCAACGGCUGGAGUGCGAGGAAGAGGAGCGUGUGCAUACACAGCAAAUCGCUGCGGCGAAUCGCGCGGUGGAUGGAAUGGAUCGGCGCGUGCAGCGGCUGGGUGCACGAUAG